AUGGAUGAUGGACCAUUGACAAAGAAACCUAAGUAUGCUGCAUAUGCAUCUCAGCAGCCAUCUGAAGAGAAUUCUACACCGAAGAACACUCUUUAUGUGAAUAAUCUUAAUGAUCAAAUAAGAGUAGAAACUCUUAAAUCUAAUCUGUAUUUACUAUUUUCAACUUUCGGAGAAGUAUUGAGGGUUUCUAUAAGUCACAAACAAAGAGGCCAAGCAUUUAUCAUUUUUAGAUCCGUAGAUGAGGCUAACUUAGCUAUGCUUUCUUUAAAGAACGAGCAUCUUUUCGGAAAGCCAAUGCAUAUUGAAUUCAGUAAAGCAGACACCAAGGAUGUACGAUAG